UUUCUAUAAAUUUUUUAGUGUCAACAAAUAUUAGAAGAUAAUUUAUACGUAUUUUCAAAUAUAAAAAAUUCAUGUGCACAUACUAAACUACAUGAAUGUUUUUUUUUUUUCACAUUUUUUUAUAUAACAUGAUUUAUUUAUUUAUUUUACUCUUAAAAGAGUAAAAAGAGAUACAAGUGUUAAAUACAUGCUUACAAUAUCAUUCAUUAAUCACCGACCUCCUUCAAAAUCUUCUCUUCCAUUUUGAUUUUCUCAAGUGCCCCACACACACACUCACACACACCCACACGAGCCACACGUGUAAAAGCUCACACGCAAAAAAUGGAAAACGAAGAAAAUGGCAUCUCUAUCAGUCAUGGAUUCCCCAACCAUGAGACAUUUCCGGCAUCUCCUCCGAUCAAAGCAAUGGGAGCUCAAUUUCAGGCUAAUCAUCCGUUGACGGAGAUGGUGGUGAACCCGACUGUCCGGGAAGAGCCGAUGCCAGACACGAGUAAGUAUCCGGGAACCGGAGACGUGGAAGAAGGUGGCGAUGACCGUGAGCGGCGAAUUCAGUUGUUGACGCAGUCGCUGGAGAGAGCGAAGAUGGUGAAACCGUCAGCCUGGGAAGAGACGAUGUCAGAGAUGAGGAAGUAUCCGGGAACGGGAGACGGUUUCAGCAUGGGAACCGUGGAAGAAGGUGCCGGUGCCGGUGGCCGUGAGCGGCGGGUGAGGGAGCCAUUGUCGAUAAUUAGGAGGAUGAAGGGAGAUUUGAUGAUAUUUUGGGAAAUGGAGAGAGAGAGGAAGGUGAAGGGGACCGCCUUCCUACUUAGGGUUUUGGAGUUAGGGCUUUGCUGGGGUUCGUUGUUAGUGAUGAUGGCCGAUGACUGGAAUCACGGUCGGGUUCUUCAUUCCUCUCCCCGAUUCAAAGAGUUCAGGAACUGGUACAAGAUCAAGAUGGUGACUUUGAUAGGGUUGGUAUAUUCAGUUGUUCAAGUUUGUUGUUUUCGGGGCUGCGGCGAAUACGUUUUUUCCCCACCCCAUCGUUUUUUCUCUUUCUGCGCGGAUCAGUAUAUGACAUACCUUCUGAUAUGGGCAUCAUCAUCGGCUGCCUUUCGUGUUGAUUUCUCGGGGCUGGCAAGUGUAUCUGUAAUGUUAUCCUUCAUGGCAUUCGUGGCUUUUGCCAUCAGUUAUCUCGUCUCUAUAUAUACCCUGUGCAGUUCCAAAUCUAGACACUCUAAUCCCUUAAAAGACCACAAAUAAUGGCAGAAAAAAGGUUGAGCUUGUUCUGAAGUUUUAUGCAAUUCCAGUCCAUUUCUAGAAGGCAUGGGGUGAUCACUCGAACAGGGAAGACUUGGAUGAUUGGAUCAGGAUGUGGUCACUGGAACAAAAUUUGCAUUUUUAUCAAGACGUCAACAGUAUGUUUAGUAGUGUCUAUUGAUGAUUGAACAGUAUACUUAGUAGUGUCUAUUGAUUAUUGAAUCACAUAAUCGUGUAAAUAGUCUCUUCGCAUGCUGGAAAAGACCCACAUUGGCGGGAAUGUUUGAAUUGUAGAAAUAGCCUUUUCUGCAUGCAGGUUAGGCCCACAUUGACGGGAAUUCAUGGAAUGGGCUAGCCCUUUUUAUUGAUUGUUGAAGUUGCCCAAGACAUUUGACAUUUGAGUGAUAA